UGCUGAGCACGAGUCGACGAAUUAAAUACUUUGCAUACAGCUGAUGAGAUUCAUAAAAAGGAAAUGAUAUUCCAACCAACCCACAGGGAUCAGCAAGACUCUUUCGCAUCCCACCAUUAUAGGACGAAAACUCCAAAGGGUGGGGCCGCGGGCACCUCAGCCGCACCUCAGCUGUACAUGAUCCGUGCCAGACUCUGCAUCUGCUGAUAAAAUAAAUAGUAACAAGUAGAUGCCAUGGAACCUCCGGAGCAAUAAUACCCUGAUCAGACUACGUACUUAUUGUGUGUUUCGCUCAAUCCCUCUUCUAAGGUGCCAGAAAUACAGCCAUGAAUCACGUUUAUGGAAGGUACGAUGGGCAGUAUAAGCGCGCGAACCAUGAUUAGACACUAACUUAAAACACAGAAUGCCCACCGGUGAAGGUAAUGGAGAUGACUCAAAUCAUAGACUGUAUGCACUCGAGCAGCGCCUCCAGGAGUUAGAAUCGAAGCUAGGGGGCAUGAACGGCACGCAUGAUAGCUCUGGAGAAGUGAAAGACCUGGAGCGUCGGGUCGAGGAACUGAGUACACGGCUGGAAAACGUGAUAGCGCAGUCGACUAGUAAGCCGUCAGGAGGGACGGCUAAUCCUAUGAGUCAGACCAACAUCGACGUGAGUGAGCAUGGGGUUGCGCGCCGCGUCGAGGCCGGGAGAGCUGCUGUAACCCGACGAAAAGGAGGAGGUCCGACUCGAAUCAACUUCCAACAACGCUUCGAUCGCGUUCCACAUGUCCAGAUUACCCCCGAGCGAUUCGGGGGCACCGGAAACUUUGAAAACUUUUGGUUGUACCUCUUCAAUGAUGGACCACCCUGUGUUGAUCGUGACGGCUUCGAGGUUGGCAGUUACGUUGGUGUUGGACACACUGUUGUUUUUAGAUGGUUAGCUGUGGAGAUCGUUUGAGGCUGAGCAAAACUGGCCGUUUACCUGUUCAUAUUUUCUCUUCCCAAUUUCCCUCUAGAUACUCCAAAUAGCUGUGGGCGUGAGGGAAGACAUUGGAUUAGCUCCAGCUAUUAACUAAGCAUUUCAGUGCCUUCUACUAUAUGGAAGAUAGAGAGUUGAUCUAUUCAGACUAAGAGUAUCAUGUGCUCCGUUAUAUUGUUGAACCCGCAUUGAAUCGUACUCUGCUGUGCAUUAAACUUGCAGUUUCUAGGAUAGUAUCACCACUGGUGUCAUCAGAUAGACCAACACUCUUGUCACCGAGAUCAACGAGAAUGGAGGUGUACAGGACCCAACUUAACCGUCAUCGUCAUCAGACAUAAGUCAAGCGCCGAAACGGAGGUUUUGCCAUAUACGAGUAUCUGUGAAAAGAGGAGAACGACUGACUACAUUCUGGACCCAGG